AUGCACACGAAGGAGAAACCCUUUGAAUGCCCAGUUUGCAGAAAGAGGUUCAGUUGUAAUCAGAGUCUUCAGUUGCACCAAAGAACCCACACGGGGGAGAAACCGUUUGAAUGCUCAGUGUGCGGAAAGAGAUUCAGACAGAGUGGCCAUCUUCAACUUCAUCUAAGAAUCCACACAGGGGAGAAACCGUUUGAAUGCUCCGACUGUGAAAAGAGAUUCACUACAGGGGGGAAUCUUAAAGUGCAUCAAAGAACCCACACAGGAGAGAAACCUUUUGAAUGCUCGGUGUGUAAAAGGAGAUUCAGCCAUAGCCUUACCCUUCAGUCACAUCAAAGAAUCCACACAGGGGAGAAACCUUAUGAAUGUUCAGUGUGUGGAAAGAGAUUCAGUCAGAGUGGCCAUUUUCAUCUGCAUGAAAGAACUCACACAGGGGAGAAACCUUUUGAAUGCUCUGAGUGUGGAAAGCGAUUCAGUGUGAGUAGCAAUCUUCAGAUGCACCAAAGAACCCACACAGGGGAGAAACCUUUUGAAUGUUUGGAAUGUGAAAAGAGAUUCAGUAGAAAUAGUAGCCUUCAACUGCACCGAAGAACCCACACAGGGGAGAAACCUUUUGAAUGCUUAGACUGUGGAAAGAGAUUCAGUACAACUGGCAGUCUUCAAAAGCAUCAUAGAGUCCACACAGGGGAAAAACCUUUUGAACGCUCAGUGUGUGGAAAGAGAUUUAGUCAGAGUGGCAAUCUUCAGACGCACCAAAAAACCCAUACAUGUAAUAACUUUUUGAAUGCUCAGAGUGUAGAAAGGGAUUCAGUUUGA